AUGAUGCGCAGACUAUCCACGAGAGCUCCCCAGCGCCUAAUCUCAGCUGCUUCCAAGUCCCGCAGCUGCGCACCCCUUCUCGCCAUCCGAGCCAUAUCCUCCACAUCCGUCGCAAAGAUGUCGUCCCUCAGCACCCACGCGACACAGCCCGCCGACGCUUUCCAGCUGCUACCAGAGUCGCAAAAGCCUGGCGAGGCCGAAGAUCGACUUUACGAAGCUACCGUCCAUGAGAUUCAAGCUUGGUGGGCUUCGCCUAGGUUUGCCGGCAUCAAGCGUCCGUACAGCGCUGAGGAUGUUGCUACCAAGCGUGGAACACAAAAGGUUCAGUACCCAAGCUCUGUUAUGGCUCAGAAGCUCUUCAAUCUGAUCCGUGAACGUGAAGCCAAGGGUGAACCCAUCCACACGAUGGGCGCAAUUGACCCCGUUCAAAUGACCCAGCAAGCUCCUCACCAAGAAGUCCUCUACAUCUCGGGCUGGGCAUGCUCCUCCCUCCUUACCUCUACCAACGAGGUCUCUCCCGACUUUGGCGACUACCCAUACAACACCGUUCCCAACCAGGUCCAGCGCCUGGCCAAGGCGCAGAACAUGCACGAUCGAAAGCAAUGGGAUCUUCGUCGCAAGAUGACCGCCGAGGAGCGCACAAAGACACCAUACACAGACUACCUCCGACCUAUCAUCGCUGAUGGUGAUACUGGUCACGGUGGUCUUUCGGCUGUUCUUAAGCUCGCUAAGCUAUUUGCUGAGAACGGUGCUGCUGCUGUUCACUUUGAAGACCAACUUCACGGUGGAAAGAAGUGCGGCCAUCUCGCAGGCAAAGUCCUCGUUCCUAUCGGAGAGCACAUCAACCGUCUUGUCGCCACGCGCUUCCAGUGGGAUGUCAUGGGUUGUGAGAAUCUUGUCAUUGCCCGAACAGACUCUGAGUCUGGCAAGCUUCUGUCGUCUGCCAUUGACGUGCGCGAUCACGAGUUUAUCCUCGGUGUCGCAGACCCCUCAAUUGAGCCUUUGGCCGAGACCAUCCAGGCUAUGGAAGCCAAGGGUGCUGCGGGCGCGGAGAUUGAUGCUUUUGAGGCCCAAUGGGUCAAGAAUACCAAGCUCAUUACUUUUGAUGAAGCUGCUGUCGCACACAUGAAGAAGGAGGGUGUUGAGCAAUCCAAGAUUGACGAGUACCUUGCCGAGACAGACAAGGACCACGACAUGGGCAUUUCACGCCGUCGCGGUCUCGCAAACAAAUACACCAAGGAGCCUGUCUACUUCAACUGGGACGUCCCCCGCACCCGAGAAGGCUUCUACCACUACCGCGCCGGCAUGCAAGCGGCUACCAAGCGCGCCCUCGCAUUCGGCCCCUACGCAGAUCUCCUCUGGGUCGAGACAGGCGAUCCCAACGUCCAAGUAGCAUCCAAGCUAGGCCGCGCCGUCCGCGAGGUUUACCCCGGCAAGGGUCUCGUGUACAACCUUUCUCCGUCAUUCAACUGGAUGGCGCACGGUUUCACGGACGAGACCCUCAAGUCAUUCAUCUGGGAUAUUGCGCGCGAGGGUUUUGUUCUGCAGCUCAUUUCGCUCGCGGGUCUGCACUCCAACGCUACCAUUACAACUGAGCUGUCGCGCGAGUUCAAGAAGGACGGUAUGAAGGCGUAUGUUGAUAUUGUGCAGCGUCGCGAGAAGGACUUGAAGUGUGAUGUUUUGACGCAUCAGAAGUGGAGUGGUGCUAGCUAUAUUGAUGGCAUCUUGGGUGCUAUCCAGAGUGGAAGUUCGAGCAGCAAGAGUAUGGGCGAGGGUAAUACCGAGGGACAAUUCCACUAG